CAUUCCAUGAGUAUAAGUAUUGACAAGAUCGCCGCCGUAACUCGAUCGAAAACUCCUUCACCACACAGUUCACUCUGCAUCUUACAGUCUCUCACUACCACAGUCACUAUCUCACCAUCACUUUCUUUUGCAGUCUCUGACACCCAGUCCAAUCACUUACAUCCCAACUUCUUCAACUCAACACCGCAAAGGUAGGAUAAAACCCUCAUCCCGACCGUCCCCCCUUCAGACACGAAAACUGACCAUCCCAUCUUCCACAGAUGCAAUUCUCCACCCUCUUCCCCACCAUCCUCCUCGGCGCCUCCUUCGUCGCCGCAGACUACUGCACCCAGGCCCUCGACCCGGAGGGCCGCAAGUCCAACACGGGCUUCCGCUUCGAGAGCGUCGACAACGCCCACUGGAAGUGGCAGUCCCGCGACCUCCAGGUCGUCACCACCCUCAACCAGAACUGCCAGAUCCACCAGGGCGGCGGUGGCGGCCCCUUCGCCGCCACCAUCUGCAUCGACUUUGACGGCAACUACGCCUGCUGGGUCACCCCCGCCAAGAACCAGGUCUGCGAUCUCGUGUUUGAGCAGAACGAGGCGCCCAUUGAUGUCUGCAAGAGCAUCAAGAACAUUUGGGGAUGGGUUGCUUAGACGGUGUACUGUAAGAGCUUGGGUCCUUUUUCCGAGUUGUGAAAACGUAGCUAACGGAUCCCUAAGCUUUUCUUUGUCAAAAAGUACGUACACGGCAGUCUUGGGACGGAAUUUCUCUUGUCUCGGGAUGACGGGAAGCAAGCUAGUCCGACAGUCUGCUAGAGGCUCUGCAGAAGACUUUGGCCUAUUCGAAGGAUUGACGUGCACCUGGAAUCUCUGAGUAGAGCUGCUAUUUCUGUUAAUCCACUGUUUCCAACUGCCUUUCAAUUUCCUAGUGCAAGAAGUUGAGUCUCGAACAUUGGAAAGCCACACUUACAACGAAACCGGG